CUUCUGAUGUCAGAUAUCGAUAAUAAUUGUUUAAAUGUCAAAAUCAAGUUUGUAUAUAUUGACGAUUUGUUAACAUAAUUUUCAAUUGAUUGGCUUACAUGAUUAAAAAAAACUAAAAUAAAACAUUAAUUUACUCGAAGAAGCGUAAGCUUUGGAAAUCAAACAAAUGGAAAUUGAUUCUGCUGAAGAAACGAACAUAGAACAACUUACAACUAUAUCUAUUCAUGGAGAGCACAUUGAACCAGAGUCAACAGAAGAUUAUGUGAAUGCUGGAAAUUGUAAGAAACGCAAGUCCAGCUUUGUAUGGAAAUACUUCCGUCAAUUAGAGAACAACAGCAACGGUUCACUAGAGUGCUUAAUUUGUGGAAGCAGUGUUAGCAAUCAAACCAGUAACUUGGCACGACAUUUGUUUGCAGCACACGAUAUAAGCAGGAGCACCGAUAUAGGAGAUAACCAAGAAGGUAUACCUAUCAGUGCAGUAGGUCGUCCAAGCAGUAGUUUUAUAUGGAAGUAUUGUACCAAAGAAGAUUGUCGAUACGCACGUUGUCACUUGUGCGAUAAGCUAUUAUAUUUUGGCGGCGGAAAUACUGCAAAUAUAACAAAACAUUUAAGACGUAAACACUCGGACGUAAUUACCAGUAGAGAGUUGAGAGGAUCAAAAAAUAUGGAUGAGUCCGAAGAAUUCGUGGCAGUUAUUUCAUCCAAUCAACUGGACUCUACAAUGAACAGUUGCGAUGAUGAACUGCUUAAAGUGAAAGAAGACAACAAUUCUGAAGGUAGGCGAAUGCGAAAAGAACGAAAAGGUAGCAGUUAUGUAUGGAAUUAUUGCGAGAAACUUUCAAGACACACAAUCCGCUGCAAACUUUGUAAAAAAGUGAUGAGUUUUCAUGGCACAGCGAAUGUAAUAACACAUUUACAACGAAGACACAAUAUCGUCGGACGUGUGGAGAGUGAAGUAUCAAGAUUAAAUAAUAUCGCCGACGAAGACAACGUAAUGAUUGAUUUAAAAGAUGACCAAGAUGAGGCAAUGCAUCGACGCAGAAAGACCUCGUCGGCAACAAGCAUUGUUUGGAAAUAUUGCACACGACUUGGCCCGGAUGUGGUGCGUUGUAGUUUCUGUAAAAAGAAUCUAUCCUUUCAAGGGACGAGUAAUUUACAACGACAUCUGCAUCGCAUGCAUGGGGUGGUGACACAACCGCGUGUGUUCGGUGAAUUAUUACAAGACCCUGAAGACAUUGAUGACAAUUUUAUAUGGGAACAUUGUGAGCACACAGAUAAUGGUAAAAUCAAAUGUACGAUGUGCAAGAGUGUCUUUGACGAAAAGGACUUCAAAGAUAUACGAACACACCUUACCACAACACAUGCAAUAACUUCCAGUCCGCCAGUUAAACGCGUGAGAAGAAGAAGACGAAAUUAUGGAUUAGAAGAUACUUGUGAAGAAACAGAUGACUACGAUUACGACCAUGAAGAGGAUAAUUGGCGUGGUGUAAAUGAGGAGCUUACAAUAGAGUACAAUGAUGGUAAUAUCAAAAAGGACCACACAACAUUCGAUGAUAUAAUAGAGGAAGAUCAAGCUGGUCAAAUUUUAUGUGAUGAAGAUCCCUUCGAUCCGAAUAUGAUGCAUAAUUUUCCCAUGGCACGACCCUUAUCUGCCGCCUCCAGUCGUGACGCUUCACCGGAUCGUCCAUUUAGAGCGUCAACUGAUAAUAGUAGAUUACGUAAAUUAAAUGAAGAGCGUUUACGUAUGGAAACUGAAUACUUUAAAGAAAAAGCAGGCUAUUAUCGUAUGCAAAAAUAUUUUACAGCACUACAGGCUAAGAAAGCACGACUUGAGUUAGAUCGUCUACUCAAUGUGAAUUCAAAUGAUACGGGAUACCAUGUGAAUAUUGAUAUGCCAAAUGUACAGACGUCGACCUCUGGCAUUUAGCCAGAAUAAAAAGAAAAAAAAAUUAAAAAA